AUGAAAUUGAUGUAUUAUUCUAAAAAUCAAGAAUUGGAUGAUGGUGGCAUUAAAUUAAAUAGUGAAAUAAUAGAAGAAAGUAAUACGACAACAGGUCCACUGUUAUCAACAACAACAACAAUACCUUACUCAAGACCUGUUUUAGAAGAACGUAAAUUUUUUAGUACAACAAUAGAAAAUGUAAUCGCUAAUCUUACUCGACUAAUGAAAGAUAAAGAUUUGGCCAGAUUAUUUGAAAAUUGUUGGCCGAAUACUUUAGCAAUGUGGUUAAGAGAUUCAACAAAUCAAGUAAUUUCUUAUGUACCAUUUGCAAAUCAAGAUAACGAGUUAAAACAAUUGAUCUUAGGAUUGAUCUAUAUGCAAGCUGAAUUUAUCGUCGAGGAUCCAUAUUCUAAUGCAUUCAGAGCGCCAAACGAAACAAAUAUUCCAUACGAAGAAAAUCCCUGGUCAAAAACCGACAAAGUGAUACCCAAACCGUCAAAUUCCACUUGGGAGUCAAAAUGGGAGGUUGAUUCGUUGGCAUCAUUUUUGAAAUUAUCUUUUAAUUAUUGGCAGAGCACGAAGGAUGAAAGAUUUUUAAAAAUGGAAAUUUGGAAAAAAGCUGUCACGACGAUUUUGGAAACAUUUGAAAUACAACGGUUGGGCACUUUUGAAGAGUUAAAUAAUGAACAUUAUUUAUUUACUAGAGAAACUAGAACUUCUACUGAAACCUUGUUGUUGUAUGGCAAAGGGAAUCCUGUAAGAAGAACAGGACUAAUAAAAUCACAAUUUAGACCCUCAGAUGAUAGUACAACAUUCCCAUUUCUAAUUCCUUCAAAUGCAAUGGCAUCAGUAGAAUUAGAACAUCUAUCCAAGAUGUUGAACAAAACCUAUCCAGAUCUAGCUAAGAAAGCAUUCGAGAUGGCAAUUGAUAUCAGGACAGCAAUUGUUUCAUUGUCGAUAGUUCAUCAUCAAAAAUUUCGUGAAAUAUUUGUUUAUGAAAUUGAUGGAUACGGAUCGACAAACUUGAUGGACGACGCGAAUAUUCCUAGUCUGUUGAGUUUACCAUAUCUCGGAUUUCUAGAUAAAAAUGACCAGAUUUAUCAAAAUACCAGACAAUUUAUUUUAAGUGAUUGGAAUAAAUACUAUUUUGAAAAUUUUCAAGAAGGUCAACAACAACAAAAAUAUAAAGGUGUUGGUAGUCCUCAUUCAGGACUAGGUUAUAUAUGGCCGAUGAGUUUAUGCGUUAAGAUUUUAACGUCUACAGAUGAUCAAGAAAUUCUCGACACGUUGGAAUAUUUAAAGUCUUCAUCAUCCAACACAGGUCUUAUACAUGAAUCAUUUUGGUACAAGGAUUCAAAUAAUUUUACAAGACCAUGGUUUGC